UGCUCCUCCUGAGGUCUCGCAAUGGAAGCGUGACAUAUGCGGAAGAAAAGUUCUCACCACAACUGAGAAUAAUUUAUUCAACAAAAUACCAAAGUAUCCGCUUGAAAACAGAUUUUUGUAGGGGAGACCUACUCAGAGAGUGAGGCGGAACUCUGGGGUUUAGCACGGACCCACAGCAAAGAGUUGAAGGAUUCUCUGGUUGAUAUGUACAAAGCUAAUCCCAAAGUCAAUGAGGAACUGAAACAAAGAUUACCCUCCCCAAUAAAACACCACUGCUCAGAGACCGCGUCACAACUCAGUUUUAUAAAGCCAGAAACCAGCUCCCAGACAUUGCUCGGUCAAAGUGUUUUGGAAGCACUCAUUGCAGAUCUGCCUAAAGGGUGCACGGUUUCCCAGUGUACCUGGCACACUGAGCACAGAGCAGCCGACUCUCUCCUACAAUUGACAGUAAGGCAGCAGGCCACAAUGAUGGAAGAGGAUGCAGGAGCAGCAUGCAAGGGACACCUCGUCCCGUCCCAGGACCAUGAGCCCAUGCCAGCCAGCAGCAUACAGGAGGACCAAGGUAAUGCUAAUGCAAGCAGCUCCUUGAACUCUGCGAAGCAGCCGUCAGUCCUGGAGAAGGAGAAGAACAUUGCCUUCCUGUUGAAAGAGUUGGAUUCCCUCCGAGACCUCAAUAAGAAGCUUCAGGACAAGCUGGCGCUGAAGGAGAGGGAGCUGGAGGCCAAGGUGAUGAACACUGAGCUGCAGGAGAGGGAGCUGGAGGCCAGAGCCUGCGAAAAGGCUGGAGCUCUGGUGCAGGAGAUCUAUAAAGCACAGAGGGAGCGAGACCAGGCCGUGAUGGCCCGACUGAGGCUUGCCAACGAGGAGCGCGACGAGGCCCUCCUCCGGGCCAAGAGGCUGCAGCAAGCGUCCGCAGAGCUGGAGAAUAUUAACCCAGAGGAGAAUGACAUGGACUUGGAGGAGCUUCUGAACCGGAUCAACGAUGCGGACUCAGCCAUAGGCGUGGAGCGUAGUGGUGCUGUGAUUGUGGACCGCCUCCAGAAGGCCCGCGAGCGUCGGAAGAAGAUCACUGCCGAGGAGAUGAACGCUGUCAUUGAGGAGAGGGAUGCCGCGCUUGCCAGGUGCCGGCGCCUGGAGCAGGAUCUUCAUCACGCGAAGGAGAGGAGCCAGACUUCAGCAAACAGCACGAGACAGCUGACUGGGGAAAACAAUCAGGAGCACACUUGGAAGGAGGAGCUGGAGGCUAUUCUCCGAGAGCGCAAUGCUGCUGUGGAGCACAGCCGCAGCCUGGAAGAGGAAGUGCAGACGCUGCGCGUGUAUUACAGUUUGCACCAGUCUCUGUCCCAGGAGGCCAGCCUGAAGGAGCAGUUCGACUCCACACUCACCACCUGCUCCCAGGGCUUGUGCUCCCAGGAGGGCCAGGUUACCCCAGCCAGCCUUCACAGGGAGCAGCUGCUGGCCCAACUCCAACUCCUGGCUUCAGAGCACCAAAGCACACAGGCCCGUCUGCAGCGUGCCCAGGAAGCUGAGGAGGAAGCCAAUGAAAAAGUUCAAAAAUUGGAACGACUUGUGGAGGUGCUGAGGAAGAAGGUGGGCACGGGAAGCGUGAGGACAGUGAUCUGAAGGGGAACAGGUCGACUCUGGAACGAUCUACCCGGUCACAUCUGGCGACCAGGCUGCCGCGUUUACACUGUGUAAACACCCAAGCCUUAACUCGGCAAACAGUUGUUAGAAGUGCAGCACUCAACCCACAUUCCAAGCCCAGAUCAAACCGAAUCAUAAAUGUUUAACCACUCGGCUGCUGCGCGUACUGUCCUGCCACGGUUAUUUCCUGAAUUGUUUAUUACAUUUGAUUAUAUCGUUUUAAUCUACGCUGUUAUUUGUGUUGAUGUGUAAGACUGCUAACAGAAGAGAAAGGGCGUUAUCUCGCGCUGGAUUUAUAUAUACAUAUACGCGUUAUGGUGAUCACGUUUAUGGCCUUGAAAGAUAUUUGUCCAGUAUUGCUUGAUUCAUUUUUAAAUCAUUAAGCGGUGAAGCUGCUGGAGCCAAACACAGAGGCUGUUCCCAGUCUGUUGCA